AUGAACAAUUCAAAUGAUUGGAGUUUUUCAUUAUGUGAUGACUCUCUUGAACUAUUUGAUGCUAUCGAGGAAGAAGUCGGUGAUAAUGAUACCACUAUUCAUCCAAAGAGCGACGAUUCUAAUAAUGGAGAUAAAUGUACACCACUGAAUCAAUAUAACCCCUUUAUACUUACAAAGAUGAAUUACUUCGAAAGAAAACACCCCAAAACAAAACUGAAGAUGUUUGACAAGAAAAUUAAAGUCAAGGCUACAGAUAUUUUAAAGAAUAUUGGAAGUACUCCCCCUGAAAAUUUGAACUGGGACUUCACAUGUUCCUGGAUUCACAGAAAGGGUAUUCCAACUGAAAUAUUAAAAGAAGGGUUUUGCAAUCGAGUUGUCAAUUCUGAAAAUUACCAGUUCAUAAGAUCAAGGUCUAGCCAUGAGGGUUGGUUCAUUGCAACCACCAAAAAAACAAGCAGACCCAAAAGCAAAAGUUAA